GAAGUUGAUCCUACGGGUCCCCGACGCCGAGAUCCCGCCCCAUCCUAGACCCGAGGCUCUCCGGGAGACGAAGCGGAAGUCUCCGCGAACCUACAGAAGCCUGGCGCGGGGCGCGGAGCGUCAUGGCCGCCGACAGUGACGACGGUGUGCCUUCAGUUCCAACGACCUCUGACGGUGGAGUCAACAAAAACACAAAAUCUGCAGAUGAGUUUGUAGUACGAGUUCCUGUGGUGGAUGUACAGAGUGACAACUUCAAGGAGAUAUGGCCGUCGCUCUUGCUGGCCUUAAAGACAGCUAGCUUUGUGGCUGUGGACACGGAGCUGAGUGGGCUCGGGGACAGGAAGAGUUUGCUGAACCAGUGCAUCGAGGAACGUUACAAGGCCGUGUGUCAUGCUGCCAGGACCCGUUCUGUUCUGUCUCUGGGCCUCGCCUGUUUCAAGCAGCAGCCAGCUAAGGGUGAAAAUUCUUACUUGACCCAAGUGUUUAAUCUCACUCUCCUGUGCAUGGAGGAGUAUGUUAUAGAACCGAAGUCUGUGCAGUUCCUGGUACAGCAUGGCUUCAAUUUCAACCGGCAGUAUGCUCAGGGUAUCCCCUACCAUAAGGGCAAUGACAAGGGAGAUGAAAGCCAGAGCCAGUCAGUACGGACACUGUUCCUUGAACUGAUCCGGGCCCGUCGGCCCCUGGUGUUACAUAAUGGCCUUAUAGACUUGGUGUUCCUGUACCAGAACUUCUAUGCACACUUGCCUGAGAACUUGGGAACCUUCACUGCUGACCUCUGUGAGAUGUUCCCAGCAGGCAUUUAUGACACCAAAUACGCUGCUGAGUUUCAUGCCCGCUUUGUAGCUUCCUACUUGGAAUAUGCUUUCCGGAAAUGUGAGCGGGAAAAUGGGAAGCAGCGGGCAGCUGGUAGCCCACAUCUGACCCUGGAGUUCUGCAGCUAUCCGUCUAGCAUGGGAGGCCAUAUUGACUACCGCUGCUGUAUGUCCCCUGUAACCCACCGUCGUUCUCAUACCAGCAGCAUCUGCGACAAGUUCUCGGCUUAUGGCUGGUGCCCUCUAGGACCCCAGUGUCCUCAGUCACAUGAUAUAGACCUUAUCAUUGACACUGAUGAGGCUGUGGCAGAGGACAAGCGGCGACGGCGGCGACGGAAGGACAAACGGAAGAGGGCUUUGCUGAGCCAACCAGGGGCACAGACCUUUGAGGAAGCCGAAGAUGGUCCCCCCACAAAGCAGAUCUGUGAAGAUAGCCUCAAGACAGAAGAAACUGAGCAAAAAGUGACAGAGGGUGAAACUAAGGAUCAGCUUGGCUCCCAGCAAGAUCACAAAAGUGGCUUGGCGAUCAGGCGUAAGGCAACAAGUUCUGAAACAGCCGAUGUGGCUACCUCAGAACUGCCAGUGAGUCAAGCCAAUCCUAACCCUGUGCCUGGAGAUGGAUUGCAUCGGGCUGGUUUUGAUGCCUUUAUGACAGGUUAUGUGAUGGCCUAUGUAGGACUGAGCCAGGGACCUCAGCUCUGCAGUUCUGGACCUUGGCUUCCUGAAUGUCACAACAAGGUAUAUCUAAGUGGCAAAACUGUACCCCUCACGGUGGCCAAGAGCCAGUUUUCUCGUUCUUCCAAAGCCCACAACCAGAAAAUGAAGCUGGCUUGGGGCAGCAGCUGACCCAAACAUCUGCCGGGUACUAAGCCUAGGGAGAGGAGCUGAGUAGGAAGAGAUGGCAGUUUGGCAGUGUGUAGUGGCUCAUGUCUGUCAUCCCAGUACCCUAAAGGCUGAGGCAGGAGGACUGCUACAAUCCAUGGCCUACAUAGCGAAUUCCAAGUCAGCCAGAGCCACAUAGCAAAACCCUAUUUUUUUUUUUUUUAAGGUUAUUUGAGUUGUCACCCUGUGUAUGUCACAUCUAAGUACUACAGAGUUGUGCAGGUCCGCAACAGUGAAGUAUGAGUACUCCACUCUUUCCUUUUGUACAGAGGCCUGGACCAAGGGUACAAAUAAGGCUAACUAGCACCUGCAACAUCAACUUUAUUUUUUAAUCUGAAAGUGUCUUGGGAAAAGUUUUACAAAAAAAAAAAAAAAAAUCAACAGAAAUGAAUUAUGAAAAUGUUUGACCAAGUUCAUUCUUUGGUUAUUUCUUAUUGCGGCUCCUCAAGGACAGACUGUUCCCAAAGCUCCAGCUAUAGCAAGGAGAAAAUCAGUCCAGUAUAAUACAUUAACUUCUGGUUGUAUCACCUGUUGACACAUACAUAGAGCAGGCCCUGGGGCCUACAAAACCAGCCCCACUCCCAACGCCAAGGUUGAAAGUCUUGAGGCAAAACAUUAAGACUCCUUUAUAAAUAUGAAAAUAGAUUAAUCACCUGGAAAGGUCUCUGAAUAGGUUAGCUAAAAGAUCCUUGACCACCACAUUGCCUUGUCUCCCCCUUGCAUAGAGAUGUAGUGAUGUGGUCUGACCGUACAGUAAGUGCAAACAGCAAUUAUUCAAGUGUCUUAAACAUACUGGCAAGAAGCAUCCCAGUCUUCAGGUCUGAGAAACAACCAUGCCCUUUACAGCUUCCUGGUUAACUCCAGUGUCCAUCCUGUAGCUUAUAUGCCCAGAAUGGGCACAAAGGCCUAGGGUGAGAAAGAACUGGGGCAUAGCUGCCUAGCUGCCUGCCAACUCAGCCUGGAACUAAGAGUCCUUUUGGUCCUUGUUCUAGGACAUGUACAGUUGUCAUUGGGAGCCACAGCUCCUUGCUGGAUUUCAGAGGUUUAGAAUUAGGUGGGCCCUAACCAUUUGAAACACCUCCCAUUACAGCCAUUGGGCACUGAAAGCCCAAUUUUUAAGCCAGGCUUUUCUCAGCCUGCCUGCUUAGUGGGCUCCAGGGAAGAGCCUGGCUGUGCAUCAAGGGGAUCCAGCAAUUUCAGCUAAAGGUCCAUCCCUAAGGUGAGGCAGGAACUAGUCCUCCCCUACCUCACCCAUCCUGCUCUCCCUGGGUUUGCAAGCUUAUUCCAGAGACAGAGAAGUGGACAGGAGCCAUUUGUGGCCUUUCUUCCACCUCCAUCUCCUCAGAGGCAGCUCCAAUACAUAGGCUGGUCCCCUGGGGCCUGGGUCCAAAACCGUUUUCUUCUUGGGGGUUGGAGCAAUCCAUGGCCUCAUGGACUGAAGCAGCUGGUAACACAGAUGCCCGGAAUGGUGGAAUCUCUCUUACUCCAUACUUGAGACUACUGAGUCGUGGUGGAGGCCCAUCAGACAGUGAUUCUUCACAGCUCACAAAUGGACAAGCCUGACGCAAGAACUCAGGUGAACCAGGCAGAGAACGCCACCGUCUGGAAGACAUGGCCAAAGGCUCCUGACAAUCAGCCAGAGGCGUAGUUCCAGGCCCUGGUGCAUCCAGGUCAAAUACAAGGGAAAUGACAGAUUUGCUGGGCAGGUCAAAGAAUUUGAUCUUGCCACCCUUGAGGUCUUGGCGUGCACUGAAGGGGUUGACUUUUGGGGUACGUGUAGCACCAUCUCGUGGCCGGUAGUAGGGGUCCAAGACACUGACUGUACGUGGAGGCUUACGAGAGAAGAUGUCUGACUGGCUUCGAGACAGCCAGAUUGUACGUCUUGGACGUGGAGACUUAUGGGGAAUCUUGUCAUCCGGUGAACUCAGCCGCUUCCCUCCAAACACUUUCUCCAACAGUCCUGAAGGACAGUAAGCUUGUGUUACUCUCCAUCAGUACAAGCAGCACUUUACUAUACUUUGCUGGAGGAAAGCGAGGUAGGUAGUUGCCCCAUUUUAUCGAUGAGAAAAGAGGGAAGCAAUGUGCCAGGUCACAUCUGUAAGAUCGCCUACUACUUUAUUGUCCAUGACCACUCUCCUCCCACUUCUAGACCUAGGAUCUUUCCCCAGAGCGGAACUUGAGUUUCACUCUUCCCUUCAGGGUCAGGUUUGGGUAUCUGGGUCUGAUCUCUUACCUUUAGCUGUGGGCUGCAGCUUCCUGUCCCUUUCCAACUCUUCUUCCUGUAGACGGCUCAUGAUUUCCUCUAGGGUCUUUCCAAUCUCCUCAAAGGAUGGGCGCAGCUUAGGAUCCAUCUGUAGGCAUCCACAACAGCCAUAAGGCCUGCUCUGCACUUCUCACCCCAAAGAUGAAAUCUGAAUCUGCUUCUGGCAUCUUUUAAGAUCCAGGUGGGUAACUAAAGUUUUCUCUUGUGUUAGGGCUGGCUGUUGCUAUCGUUCAACAAAUAAAGCCUGACAAAGCUUGGUCAACACUCAGGGCACAGCCAUGGGUUUACCCUGUAGGCUGAAGGCUGGAAAAUACAAAGCAGUUUUUUUCUUUCUUUCUUUGGUCCAGAGCAUUCUGGAGAGCCUGAAUAGGCCAGAGUAGGAAAUAUGGUUGGUGUUACACGUCUGGGGAAAAUGAUGCCAUGCCCCUUAUGAGACUAAUUCUUAGCCUUUCCCUACAGUCCUAAUUAAAUGAAAAGGGCUCAGCUCCUGACCAAAGCCAGGUGAAGAAAGACACUCACAUUACAGCAGUUGAAGGUGAGCUGCAAAAACUCCGGGGGGCAAUCUCCCACCAUGUGCUGGAAAGCAUCAUAAUCCAGCCCGAAAUUCUGUGGAUGAGUAAGGUGGGGAAGUGUACAAGGGACAUGAAUAGUAAGUCAUUAAUCAUACACACUCAUCCUGGCCUACUCGGACGAGGCUGGGAACUGCCUCACAAGUAGCCACAGAGUAGUUCCAGCAACUCCACCCAAGGAUAAAACAGUUCCAUCCCUGUGGUGCUGGUCCCAUGCUGGUAGCUCACCUCUGUGCGGGGAAGAUAGUCUGGAUCAGCUUGGAUGCGGGCGAUGAUCUCGCAGAGGAUGAUACCAUAAGAGAACACGUCUGCCUGGUAGGUGGUCAGACCUCAGUUUUCCUCUCAGUGAAUAAGGAGAUUAUCUUCCCUGCCCCACCCCAACUCUUAACAGCCUAGGUCUGGGCUACAUUACCCAUAUUCCAUUCAAGUCGCCCACUGGUUAACAACAGCCAGAUGCUAGCCCUAUAUUUAGCGGGGAGGAUACAGAUCCUUACCGGGGCCACAAAGGAUAAUCAGGCCUUGAAAUCUCCAGACUUACCUUCUCAUUAUAAGGCUCAUCUCGGAGAACCUCUGGUGCCAUCCAGAAAGGUGAGCCCACCACAGCCAGCUUCUCACUAUGAAGUAAAGGAAGAAAGCUUGCUGGUGACUGGCACAAUGGGAAUUGACACAAUAAAACAAGGUUUCACGUAGCCUGAACUAUAUAUAUAAUGGGGGAUGACUUCCAGCUAUUGAUCCUCCAGCCACCUACUGAGUUCUGGAUUUCAGGCAUGCACCACUACGCCUGGUCUGUGUGGUGUUGGAAUUUUCUCAGGGCUUUGUGUAUACAAGCACUGUACUAACUGAGCUACAGUAUCCAUGGCCCUUGAGUCCUUGUUGGUUGAUACAGAGGCUCAUGAUUUCCUUAGUGGAAACAAAUUUGCAGUGAUCCUCCUGCCUCUGCCUUGAAAGUACUGAGUUCACAGAUGUGUGCCAUUGUGCUUGGCUACGCAACCAGACCUGACUGGGUUUUGUUGCUCCUAAGGGUGGGUAUAGACUUGGAUGGGUCGAGUCAAGGAAUGAACUUGAGCUGUGGCUAGGUACUGACCCUUGGGAAGGAAGCUGGAUUGCCCCUUAGUUUGGACCAAUGCCUAUGGCUUUAGGGUUACUCACCUAGCAUCAGGAAUCUUCUCAGCCAGGCCAAAAUCAGCUACCACUGCAGAGUAACCAUUUUCAUCUCUCUUUAUCAGGCAGUUCUAGGGUUCCCAAAGAAGAGAAAAUAAGGUAGCUUAGAAGUAGGGAUUAGCCAGCCAUGUGGUUACUACUCAUGUCUCCCUACCAGAGUAUCUUGUCCUGUUUCUUGGUAAAUCACACACUUAGCUUGGUUCCACAGUCAAAACUGGGGACUUUAAUACAGCAAAUGAGAUUGGUGUGAUGGCACAGCCUUUAACCUCAACACUGGGGAGGCAGUGAGUUCCAGGCUAGCCAGGGUAUAUAAUG